AUGCCCGUCGCUACUUCCAGUUUCGGCAUGGCAGCAGGCGCAUUCCUGUUCGGAUCUAUAUCAGACACUGCUGGUCGUAAAAAAUCGAUUGCGGUUUCCACGAGCAUUAUAUUCUGCGCCUCAGCCAGCCUGUCCUUCGCGCAAACUAAUUUUCUAAUAAACCUAUCCGUAUUCAUAUUGGGAUUAGGAGUGGCCGGCAAUAACACUGUUCUGAGAGUGUAUCUGAUCGAGUGUCUGUCGAUGAGAAAGAGAGGAACUUGUUUAGCAGUGAUCGAUACAUUAUGGGUGAUCGGCUACUUAACAGCUUUGGUCCUCGUCAUUCUCUACGGCGUGCCGAGUCUGGUGAUCGCCUGCGCCUCAGGGCUUCUACCUUCGAGUCCUCGGUACUCGCUGUACCGUCGGAAGCCGAGACAAGCGCUCGCAGUGCUGCGACAGAUGUACGCCAUCAAUAAUUCGAAACACGCCGAUACCUACCCGGUACGAAAUUUAGAAAACUGCGUACGUCCGGACGAGGGAACUAAUCAGGACAGUGACGAUUUCGUGGAUAGACUUCAAGGAUACUUCACGAAAACUUGGAAACGAAUCUGUCGAAUACACAAGUCUCCAUAUAAGCGAACGACAUUGUGUGGAGUAUUGGCGUGUCUUUUGCACUUUCCUGGAUUCGCUUGGCUCGCCCUGUGGAAUACACACGUGCUCCAGGAACUGGAAAAGAACACUGUCGAUGAAAACGGCACGUGCAACGUGAGCUUCCAGAACGUGGUAUUAGGUUUUUUGCAAAACUGCGAUCAGAUGAACGAGGAUCGUUUCUACCUGCUAUUGCUGGUAUCGCUGGGCUACGUGUUAGGAGAGUUGUUGCUUAUUAUCGGGAUCGACGUCGUCGGCAGAAAACCGUAUCUAAUAUCUUCUGGAAUAGUAGGCGGCGUGGCCACGCUCGCGCUUAUUUUCCGAAUGCACCACGCACCUCGCGUAGUCCUCUCGUCGGUUUUCCUGGCCGCUUACGCGAUCGGACGCACGACGACGUGCGUUUCGCUGAUGGAGAAUUAUCCGACCGCUCUGAGAGGCACGACGAUGGGCCUGACAAAAAUACUUCCACAUUUGGCAGUCUCGGCGACGCUGCACCUCCCGACGACGACUUGCUCGCUAAGUGCAGCCUUUGUGAUGCUACCGGUGCUCGAUUUAACCAGGUUACCGAUGAAGGAGUAACACACGCUUCCGGACAUGUGCUUCCGGUCGGUAUAAGUAUACGCACAUGUAUCUAUAAUGAUUCACUUUAUGCGGACGGCAACAUCGCUGUACCUUGCUCAAAUAAAAUUCUGAUCUGGCGCAACGUCUCUUUCGUCACGCAAACUUCCACCGAAACUGACAACUUGCCAUAUUACACCCCCUAUUAAAUAUCUCGUUGAUCAUGUGUUUAAUUGAAAUCUAAUUAACACGAA